UUGAAAGAAAACUAAUUCAAAGGUGAUAGAAGAGAACGAAUGCGGAGAAUUGUAGCAAUGAUGAUUGUUCUGCUAUCGAUGCUUGCGCUGGUUUUAGCGCAAGUAUCUCCGGGCGAGCCAACACCCAUACUACUCCCUCCUAUGACUCCCGUACUAACACAAGAUGCACCAAGCGGUACUACUACUGGUCAUGACUGUGAUACAAAGUGUUCUGCUGGGUGUUUUCUUGCUAAAAAAUUUCCAAAGCAUUACGCGGCUUGUUUAGACCAUUGCAAGAAGCUACACUGCAACUAUCCUGCAGAUCUCUCCUAUUCCAUCUUCAAGUGCACCGUUACUUGUCUUGACCCCACAUCCACCAAGCUUGCAGCCUCCGACAAAGUGAACGAAGAUCGGGUGGAAGCUUGCUACAAUAGCUGCAAGAAGAAUGUUUAGUAUUUAGCUAGCAUGCAUGUGCUAUAUAUACAUGUCAGCUUGAAAUAAAACAAA